AUGCCAGCUGCAAAAUUUUUAAAGCCAUCCCCCGAGUCAUCUCCUGGAAUGACCUUAGGUUCAACCGUCGUGUCCCCCUCGGCAUCGCCGUUGGUUUCUCCACUGGCCAAGAUCAAGGUGGAGAAGUUGGAUCUACCGAAAGUGCUCAGGCGCAACAUGGUGGUUCCUCGCAGGCAGGUGUUGAUAUGGAAAGGGAUGCUUUGGUGGUAA